CAGCACGAGAAUGGAAGUCAUGUGACGUCAUGCGGAUGGAAACUUGUGUUCGCUAUCGCUGAUAGAGACGAAAGUCCAGAGAAAGAUGCAUGAAGAGGAUGACAGCGCUGCCAAUCCCAGCAGGAACUCUCGGAUCCUGGCGACCAAGUCCCUCGAUGUGCCCGAAUGCGAUGCCACGAAGGACCAGCAAUCCAAAUUAUGUGGCUACCUGAAUAAACUGACAGUGAAAGGGCCCCUGAGAGGCUUCAAAACGCGCUGGUUUGUGUACGACCCCAGGAAAUGUUAUUUGUAUUACUUUAAGACUCCUCAAGACGCCCUUCCACUGGGACACAUUGAGAUCGCGGAUGCUUGUUUCAGUUAUGAUGUAGAGGUCGAUGAGGGGCUUUUUGAGAUCCACACCGAGGGGAAGGAGUUCCUACUGAAGGCACCCAACAGGCAGGUGAUGCACUACUGGCUGCAGCAGUUACAGCAGAAACGAUGGGAGUUUUGUAACAUGUCUGGUCACAGAGACAGCUGGUGCUCCCCCACCCCGUUUCAUCCACAUACGGGCCUGGUGGCCAAAGAUGCAGAAGCAAUGCUCAACGAGAAGCCCAACGAGAGCAUGGAAAGUGUUCGGAAUGACUUUGCUUUGGAGAUGGACAAUGAUGGGCUGGUCGGGCUCCAGUCAUCACGUAACCCUGUGGCACAACCUACCGCCGCUCUCAACUCCCUCCGACACUGGGGCUCUGGGCUCAGAAAUAGCAUGUCUCACCUGCGGCCCGGCCGAGGAGGAGAGAACAGACGCAGUGUGUUUUACACAGCCAGCAAUGAGGACUGGGAAAUGGUGGAUCCUCCAACCAAGGACGCACCGGAUCACAAAUCCCCAUCAGACAGCCAGCGCCGGGAGAGCCCAUCUCACUUUAACCGAUACUCCAUUGGCUCAGCGUUCACAUUUGAUUUCCGCAACCCCUCGAGGAUGAAACGGCCCUUUCACGUGGGCUCUGGCAAAGUUAACCGCAGCGCCGAGAGCUCGCCGGUUGAGUGUAAUGGGACCAAGACCUCCGAACUGCAGCUCUGUAUUCAGACCCAGCAGGAAGAGAUCAACCGGUUGCAGGAGCAAGAGAACAACCUCAGAGAGGAACUCGCCAGUCAGAAGGAGUUGGUUUGUCUUCUCCAACAAACACUACGUAGCUCCCAAUGCGAUUGGCGUUCCAAAGUGCCUCCUGGGAACAUGGAGCCUCACAAUCAUAACGAAGAAGAGACUGAGGUGGACAAAGCCCUGACAGAGCGGGACACCCAGAUCAAAGAUCUCUGUGGUCAUAUGGAGAGGCUAGCCUUGGAGAAGGAGAGUCUUCAACAGGAGUUGAAAGGUUUGAAGAUCAAAAUCGGGGAGAUAAAUGAACAGCUGGGCAUGCUCAUGGAGACCAUUCAGGCCAAGGACGAAGUCAUCAUAAAACUUUCCCAGCAGAGUGACGAAGGAGGAACCCAGUCAGCUGAAUGCAACUCACCUAGUGCAACUAGGGAACAACAAGAGUUGGACAGCUUGAAGGACAGUCUUCAUGGCUACAAAUCCCAAAAUAAAUUCUUGAACAAAGAAAUUCUCGAGUUGACAGUCUUACGAAGAAAUGCUGAAUCCAGAGAGAAAGUGCUAGAGGCAAAGUACAACAGUUUGGAGGCCAAGAUGUGUCAGGUGGAGAGCAAGUACCUGGUUCUACUACAGGAAGUGAAGACUCCUGUGUGCUCCUCCUCAGAGCAGACCCAUAGUGGAGAGGUCAUCACCCGCUUACUAGAAGAUGCGCUACAGGUGGAGAGUGCAGACCAGCAGGAGCACCCUAUCCUCAAACCCAACGCUGUCAGUGAAUAUGACAUUUUUGGCUUCAAAACUGUCCCGGAGGAGGAAGAUGAGGAGGAAAAAAUUGAAGCAAAAAAGAGAGCGCUGGACCUGAAGUCUCUCUCCCUGACAGACCAGGAGACAUCAGUCAGAGUGAAGUGGGACAACUACCUGGCCAUCACCAUGAACAGAGAGAUGGUUCGAUCUCCAGAGCUGAAGGCGCUGAUGCGAAGUGGAGUGCCCCAUAUCCACCGUUCCAAGGUGUGGAUCUGGUGCGUGAGCUACCAUGUGAAGAAGAUUCGUGACAACCAGCCGAAAGACUAUUACCAAAACCUUCUGUGCACGGCGAACGAUAAACCCAACCCGGCCUGCAAGCAAAUAGAGCUCGAUCUUCUGCGAACGCUCCCAAACAACAAGCACUAUGCCUCUCCUGACUCAGAUGGCAUCCAGAAACUCAGGAACGUGCUACUGGCUUUUUCUUGGAGGAAUCCAGAUAUCGGCUACUGCCAAGGCCUCAACAGGCUGGCAGCUAUUGCUCUUCUGUAUUUGGACCAAGAAGAUGCUUUCUGGUGUCUCGUGGCCAUUGUGGAGGUUUUCAUGCCACGUGACUAUUACACUAAAACACUGCUAGGCUCACAGGUAGAUCAGCGUGUGUUUAAGGACCUGAUAUACGAGAAGUUACCCAGGCUUCAUGCUCAUUUUGAGCACUAUAAGGUAGACUUCUCUCUCAUCACCUUCAACUGGUUCCUGGUUGUGUUUGUGGACAGUGUGGUCAGUGACAUCCUCUUCAAGAUCUGGGACGCUUUUCUCUAUGAGGGACCCAAGAUAAUGUUCCGAUUUGCUCUUGCGCUCUUCAAGUACAAAGAAGAGGAAUUUCUAAAGCUCCAGGAUCCCAUGACCAUUUUCAAGUACCUUCGGUACUUCACACGUACCAUCUUGGAUGCAAGGAAGUUGAUGAGCAUGGCCUUUGUGGACAUGAACCCAUUCCCACUGAGGCAGAUCCAGAACCGCCGCACAUUCCACCUGGAGAAGGUCCGCCUGGAGCUGACCGAGCUGGAAGCCAUCCGUCAGACCUUCCUGCGGGAGAGAGACACCACCCUGGACGGCCGCACACUCAUCAGUGACGACGACGAGGACAGCUGAACCACGGCCAAUGAGGGAACAAAACCUGCUAAGCAUUAGCCAAUCACAAUGUGUCUUAUAUCUUUCAAUGUAUUUCAUUCAACAAACUGUGACUCCGAGAGACCAAAGAACAGUAUUCCUUUUGAUUAAUCAAAAAUGGAUGCAUUUUUUUCAUUGUCUUUUCAUUGCUUGACCAAUAUUCCAUCCAUUUGUACACAUGGACCAAAAUCAGUAUUAAAGUACUUGCAUUUA